AUGCGAGAGCUCUGCCGGCGGCUGCCCAAGGCGGAGCUGCACUGCCACCUGAGUGGCUGCGCGCGACUCACCACGAUCGCGGAGCUCGCGCCGGCCGGCGUGGACACCUCCGCGCUCCUCGUCGGCAGCGACGACGACCGGUCGCUCGACGCGUGCUUUGCCAUCUUUGCCGCCAUCCACAAGACGGUGACCUCGCUCGCCGCCGUCGAACGGAUCGCAUGGGAGGUCCUUUCCGACUUUGCUGCGGACAACGUGAAGUACCUCGAGCUGCGAACGACGCCACGCGUGCUCGACGACGCAGACCUCGAGGGCUACGUCCGCGCGCUGCUGGGCGUGUGCGCGCGCUUCGACACGCACCAGCAGGGGCACCCCGAGCUGGCUGUGUGGCCGAUGACGACGCGGCUGCUUCUCUCGAUCGAUCGCACCGGUGGCCUCGACAAGGCGAUGGAGACGGUCGAGCUCGCCGCGCGCUUGCGCGCCGAGCCCCCCUCCGGCGCCGACAAGUACAUCGUUGGCCUCGACUUUAGCGGCAACCCGACGCGCGGCACGUUUGCCGACUACGUGCCUGCGUUCGAGGCCGCGCGCGAGGCGGGCCUCAAGGUCGCGGCCCACGCGGCGGAAGUGGACCACCCCGCCGACAACGCGAGCAUCCUCCGCUUCCGGCCGGAGCGGCUCGGCCACGCGCUGCUGCUCUCCGCCUCGGACGUGGCCUCGCUCCGCGCGUCUCCGAUCCCAAUCGAGCUGUGCCCCACGUCGAACCUGAAGACGCUCAAGCUGCGGUCGAUGCGCGACCACCCGACGAUGGGCGUGUGGCUCGCCGAAGGGUACCCCGUCUCCAUCUCCACCGACGACUCCUCGGUUUUCGGCACGAGCAGCUCCAAGGAGCUCGCCCUCGUCGCGGAGGCGCUCGGCCUCGCGGCGCACCAAGUCGUGCAGCUCGCCCUCGCGCCGCUGCAGCACACCUUUGACGCGUCGACGCAAGGCGUGGAGCCUUUGCGUCGCGCCUUUGAGAGGGAGAGCGCAAAGCUGCUCGCCGAGCAACGAGCACGUGGGCUAUGA